CGAAGCACACAAAAUAGAUUCACUAGUGCACAGCACAGCCUGACCGUGCACAAAGCAGCGUCGCACCUGAUAUCUGUCAUGACAAUGCCUCAUCUCCAAGUUUGAUUUGACGCCAACCUUAGCAGGAACUGACGCCAAUCGAGUUAUAAGCAUCACUCUCACACACCGGGCUAACAGUAAACUGACAGCGGGCGUUUCGCUUGAUGGAAAAAGUUAAACAAAUCACGGUGCGAACUUUCCCUCGGGACGGUGCACCCAUCACUUUCAGCGAAGCGGUAUUCUGAGACCCUCCGGCUACAGAGCACCGGGAGACGAAGGAACGGUGCGGAUAUCCCGCUGAGAGUAUGUAAACGCCGAUUGCCAAUCCCUUCCAAUCUGUACUCCGAACCGUGAGUAAUGAAGAUUGCCUGAUCUGCAGCGACACUUGAAUUCCAUCCGGAGAAUUUCACGGAGAGGGUCUUAGUGAAGAGAUGGUCAAAGAACAACGUGUGUGAUUCCCGGCUGCGUGUUUGUGGGUGUUCCCCCUGAUUCUGGGCACGGGAGAAAGCCACACCUCCCCGUUGAAGAGGCGGGGUACCGGGGGCUGGAAGGAGGGAGGGAGGGGCUGCUGUUGCGAGGCGGCUGGCCACUCGCCGUCUCGGAGCCCCAGCGAGCCGGCCAUGCUGCCGUGGCGGAGGGGCAAGGCGGUGCUGGCGGAGGACGAGGGGCGGCGGAAAGCGAAGCGAUGGCUGUCCGAGCGCUCGCUGCUGGCCUCGGUGGCCCGGCGGGCUUGCCCCGGUUUCUGGUCCGACCGCCCUCUCCAGCGGCUCGGAGGCAUCUUCAAGCGCCGCCGGCGCAAGGUCCAGUUGAACAGGGACAACCCGAGCCACAGCGUGCGCUACCUGGGCAAUGCGGUGACCCUACGGGCCAGGGGUGAAGGUUGCACUGACCAGGUGGUGAGUAAGAUCUGGGCAAGGAGCGAGCAGGGCACGGCCGGGGCGCGGAUGCAAUUGACGGUCGGGCCGCAUGGGAUCCGUCUGUGCCCCACCGAGCCCUGUGGCGGCCACUCGGGCCAUCUGUACUUGCUGCGCCGGAUCACCCAUUGUGGAGCCGACGUCCAGCGUCCCCAGGUCUUCGCCUGGGUGUACCGGCACCAGCUUAAGAACAAGGCGGUGUUGCUGCGAUGUCACGCCGUUCGGCUGAGCAAGGCGACCAAAGCCCGGGACGUCGCUCUCUUCCUGCUGCGCACCUCCAGCUCGGCUCUCGACGACUUCAAGCGGCUCAAGAGGCUGGAGGACGCCCGGCACCGGCGGCAGCAGCGGCUCGGGGACCCUGCGCUGCCCCUCGCUCCGCUCCGGAGGCUUUUCAACUCCCCGUGCCCGUACCGGGCGGGCUCCGAGCGCUGGAGGAGCCCGGCGGCGCUCAGCUCCAUCGCCGAAGACGCGGCGGGCGAGCAGGAGGACGGUGAGCCUGACGUCGGUGGCAUCUCCCGGCGGAUCGGCUCCUGCACCAUCGCCGACGAAGCUCCAACCCACCCGGGCGGCCGCUCUAAGGCGGCUUCGCCGGGCUCCAACUGAUCCCUCCACCAAGGAUCCUGAGGACAACAGGAGGCGCUCCGUCCUCCAACCCUUUUUGUUUUCUCCCCAGUCCUUCUCCUCACUCUCUGUUCUCCAGGUACUCCAUCUCCUCCCCACUUUACAACCCUCUCCUCCCUCUUCCCCUCUACUUCAUUUGCCUACCCCUCCGUUCCCCCUUUGCUCCCACACUGACCUCAGCCCCACCAGCUCCAACGCUCUUUCCUCCAAUUCCCUCCCCCGACUCUCUUCCAUCCCAUUCGCCCACUCUCUCACCCCACCCUCGCCUUGAAUUCUGACCCAGAUUCCUCUCUCCCCCCCCCCACCCCUGAACCCACGCUCCGUCCUUCCCCACUCCCUGCUUUAAACUACUCUGUCCCGUGCCCAGAUCCCACCAGGACAGAAAGAAUCAGCGGACAGUCGGUGGGUGUCCCGUGUAUCGUCGCAAUGGAACCCACGGAGCCCAGCUGUGAAUCGGGGUGGGAUCGCACCCAGCGCCGCUCAUUUCGGACUGUACCGACCGUGCUCGGGGGCUGCUGACAGAUCGGCGCUGCUAUACAACAAGGAACCUUGAAUGCCGGUUUGCCAUCCCACUGCAAGGGUCGAGUCACAGGAACGAAAUCCAUGUUCUGUGCAGCUUUAGAAACUGUUUUACCAGCGAAAUGUUUGAGAGACACGCAAGUAUGGACUGAUACAAUUGUGACUGGUUAACUUUUGGGGAAAGUGAAGUUGACUGGGGACUGGUCACGGAGCUACCGGGUUCGUUGGUACAGAGGAUGAAGUUACCCAGCGGCCUCUGUCAGAACUCCUGUGGACAGACGCGCAACCUCACGGGAGGGUGAAGAGGAAAUGGAACCAGUCGCGGGCUGUGUUGUUGGAGGAUCGAGAGGCUGCAAAUGCCCGAAUCUGGGGCGACUCUCCAAGAGCCGGGUGGGGGGGGGGGGAUCUCAGCUGGACCACCAGCGUCUGUGCAUUUCCCUCCACAGAUUCGGCCUGACCCACCGAGUCCAUCCGUCUGUUGCUCCAGACUCCGGCAUCUGAUGUCCCUCGUGUCUCCCUGAGACCUUAAGACACAGGAGCAGAAUUAGGUCAUUCGGCCCAUCAAGACGCUCUGGCAUUCCACCGUGGCUGAUUUAUCUUCCCUCUUAACCCCAUUCUCCUACCUUCUCCCCAUGACCUUUGAUCAAGAAACCCAUCAACCUCCGCUUUAAAUAUACCCAAUCACUUGGCCUGCACAGCCGUCUGUGGCAAUGAAUUUCACAGUCACUAGCCUUCGGCUAAAGAAAUUCCUCGUUACGCAGAUCUUGUCAUAUUCUUAUAAGUUGGUUUAUACGUUAAAACUCAUUUAUGGGCUUUUUCCUUGGGCGUCAAGGGACAGGAGAAAUGCCUAUGGGCGACACGCACCCCAGGCGGCUGCAAGCGAAUCUGGCCCCACUUCGUUCACGACGAGUCAAACGGGACCACGCCUCUCCAAGUUCACAAACCCCAAAUCUUGUUCUUACCUACAAUUAGACUAAGUCCGUGUAGUUGUGCCGCGAAGUUAGUAUAUUCCUCCAUCAUAGAUCUGUGUUCUGAUUUAUCGUGCUGGAUGCAAUGUUACUCGCUGAACAAAGUGAACCCUCCCCUUCAGACCCACCACCGGCCCUCAAAGAGUUCCUUGGGUGAGCUCGCUCCCGAACGUUCAAGAUUGUUUAGCGUAAUUUCCAUACACAAGUGUAAAGGAGAACGAAGCAACUCCGGAUCCAAAACCCACACACAAUAAGAUAAAGAACACAAUAAUAAAAAUAAAAAUAUAAAUACAUAAGAUAGCUUCUAUACAUUGAUCGUAUGUCCAUAAAGUGACUGCCAGGCACACAGGAGUGUCUGUACAUAAGGUGACUUUGACAGGAAAUGAUAAAGUAGUGGUGAUCAGCCUCACUGCUUGGGGAAAGUAACUGGUUUUGAGUCCGGUGGUCCUGGUGUGGAUGCUAUGUAGCCUCCUCCUGAUGAGAGAGGGUCAAACUGUCCAUGAGCAGGGUGUGUGGGACCCUUCAUGCCGUUUCUAGGGCUGGUGAUUUGAUUCGUCGGGCUGCUUUCACUUCCCGUAUUUGUUGGAUGUAUGGUAUAUUCUUUAAACUUUGCAUGUUAAAACACGACUUGGCCCAUGUACAGAGCUGGCGUUGGCCAGUACGUUGAAAAGAGAGCUUUCCUACCUGGAUGUUAAGCAAUUGUCUAGCAAGAGUGUUUUAACUCUGGAGGCCAAUAUGUGUAAAUACACAAAACUGUUGAACUGAAAUGAAUUAUAAAUAAA